AUUGCGAGAGUUGCAAAAUUGCGAAGUUUUUCUUUAUUUCGUACAUUAAAAACCUGUUUUCUGGUAUAUAAGCGUUGUAAUCAUGCCGCCAACUAUACAGUCAUCACGAAGAGAUGACACAGAAAGAUCAAAGCGAGGAGAACGUCGAUCGGAUCUGGUGUGCAAGGUGAAAUACAACAAUACUCUACCAGACAUUCCAUUUGACCCUAAGUUCAUCACCUAUCCCUUUGAGUCAAACAGAUAUGUACAGUACAACCAGACGUCACUUGAACGCUCCUAUAAACAUGAGUUACUCACAGAACACGAUCUGGGAGUCCAUAUUGAUCUCAUUAAUCCAGCGACUUACAAAGUUGAUUACCAUGCCCACCUUGACCAUGAAGAUGAAAGGCUAUUGGAUGAAGAGUCACAAGGACAGGCCGAUUCAAAAAGAUCACGUCACCACAGCAAGAGCGUCUCAUGGCUAAGAAAGACAGAGUACAUUUCCACUGAAUUUAAUCGCUUCACACCACUUGCCGACAAACCAGAGGCCAGGAUUGGUUAUAAUAUCAAGAAACAUUUCAAGGAUGAAGACCUUUACAAGGACAGAGAAAGUCAGCUCGCAGCUAUUGAGAAGACAUUUGAAUAUGCCCAGACACCAAUUACCAAACAUUAUAGCAAGCCUGGGGUUCAUCCAGUUGACAUACUGCCUGUUUUCCCAGAUUUUGAGUUGUGGAAACAUCCAUGUGCUCAAGUUAUAUUCGACUCGGACCCUGCACCCAAGGGAAUGUCUGUUCCAGCUCAGAUUGAUGAAAUGUCACAGGCCAUGAUCAGAGGUGUGGUGGAUGAAAGCGGUGAGCAGUUUGUUGCGUAUUUCCUUCCAACGGAAGACACGACCAAGAAGAGGAAGCGAGACACUGAAGAGGGCAAGGAAUACAUGUCAGAUGAGGAAUAUGAUUACACAUUAGCCCGAGAAUACAACUGGAACGUCAAGAACAAGUCAUCUCGAGGAUACGAGGAGACGUAUUUCUUCGUAAUCAAGGAGAAUGGUGUCUAUUAUAACGAGUUGGAGACAAGAGUUCGUCUUAGUAAGAGAAGAAAGGUUGCCGGUGCUGGCCCAACACCAUCUACAAGACUUAUUGUGAAACACAGGUCAUUGGAUAAGAGAGAAGAGCACGCACAGGAAAUCCGUUCAUCUAUGCUUGGUCCACCUGGAGAGGAAGAGGAGGAGGAGGAAGAGAUGGAGCUUCCAGCAGGCGAUGGGAAUGUUGAAGAUGACGACCUUGGAAGCUUCAAAAGUGGAAGUAGUCGGUCACGAUCUGGAUCAAGAUCACGGUCAGGGUCGCGUUCAAGCUCUGGAUCAAGGUCACGUUCCAGGUCAAGGUCAGGUUCAAGAUCACGUUCAAGGUCAAGGUCUGGAUCUCGUUCAGGGUCUGGAUCCCGCUCAAGGUCAAGGUCAAGAUCUGGAUCCCGUUCUGGGUCUGGAUCACGGUCAAGGUCAAGGUCAAGAUCUGGAUCUCGUUCACGAUCCAGAUCAAGGUCAGGAUCACGUUCACGGUCAGGCUCCAGAUCAAGGUCAAGGUCACGUUCCCGGUCAAAAUCUAAAUCCAGGUCCAGAUCUCGUUCACGGUCCCGAUCAGUGUCACCGUCAAGUGUUCGAUCUGGUAGUCCAGCUGGCAGUGGGAGUGGUCAUGGCAGUGGGAGUGACAGUGGCAGUGAGAGUGAGGCUGAGAAGGUCCAUAAAGACGAGGAGGACAUCUUUGGUGGCGGAAGCUCUGGUGCGGAGAGUGAUUGAGCUCUUGUCAACACUGAACUGCAUUUUGCAAUAGACUUGGCUCUUUGCCUCAUUGAGUUGUGUUCUGUAAGGAAACACUGCCCUAUCAAAAACAUGCAUUUGUACAAACUGCAGAAAAAAAGUGAAGAGUCUGAAGUAAGCCCCGCCGAGCUAGAUCAAAUUAGGAUAUAUAUGGUGUUAUUGAACUCAAGAAGUGCUCAUUUCAGGCUUGUUAGAGAACAUGUACAUGUUGAUAGACUGUCCAUUUACUGGAAAGUUAGAUUGACAGAUGAUAGAUGUAUAAUUUGACAAAAUACUCUGUAGAAGCUGCCUGGGAUAAUGAGUAUAUGUGAAUAUUCAGUCAUCUUUAUCAAGAACUUCCUGAUGACUGACAAAAUAAUUCCUAUUAUGAAAUUGAAAGCUGGAUUGAAUGAAAGCAUGAUUUAGAUCUGACUAUCAGACUGAUCAUAUCAUUACCCUUGUCAAGCUGAGUACAGCUAGUGGUGCAUUCUUCCAUCUUUCAGACCGGUAUUACAUCGAUUGUUUAGAGUUGUCAGCAUGGUAAUGUGCAACAUGUGAAAUAAACUACCGAUUUGCAUAACUGGAA